AUGCCUGACAGAAGCACAAAAGACUCCCAGGUUCCCAGCAGUCCUCCCUAUGGGGUCCGCAGUGAAAUCGGCGUUUGGAGUGCCGGCCAGACAGCUGCUGUGCUGUGUCUCGGCCGACUUCCCCAGGGAGAAGGACAUCAGCUCUCCAAGGUGCCACAGCAAGAAUCGAGCACAGCAGCAUCCAGCUCGGAAGAAGCCAGUCAACGAAAAGCAGAAGAGCAAACGGGACGCAGCCUUUGCUCAACAGAAGGCUGAGCGGGCCACCAUGAGGGCCCACCUCCGGCAGAAAUACCAGCUGCCCAAGAACCGGACAGAUAAGAAGCAGCUAGAAGCGGUUGGGAGCAAGACGAAACUCCCCCAGGACCUCCUGGCUAUUGUGAAGCCCAAAGCUGCCACGGAUCCCACCUCCAUCUUCUCCAGCUUCGGUGGUCUGGAUUUCAGCGCCUUGCGGGUAACGGCAGCGAGCGCCGUGCAGUCGCUGCAGCGCCCCGUCAUGCAGUGCCCCGUCAUGUGAGCGAGCCCCCCUCACUCCAGCGGACACAGGAGUUAUUAUUCACCGGGGUUCGUGACUGUGGAUCGCUGGACCUCAAAGCCCCUCCACGGUCUUGACGUGGGCCCAGCGUCCACCAAACUCAAGGCUGUCUUCGUUCUGUAGCCCAGGACUUGUGGGUUGGAUGGGGGAGUCCUGGUGGGUCUUGUGAAGCCCGUAAGACAGAGCUUCCCUGCCGCUGCUGUAGGAGAAUUUCUGGCUCUCUGAUGGGACAAGUGGUUGCGCCCCAUCAUGGAUGAUGCCACCUGGGAACCGGCUGCAUGGCCACUGUUUACGUUUUCUUGAUAUUCUGGGAGGUUCCCUGAGAUGAUUCCUUCCACACAGCCUGGUUGCCCUUGCCAGUGUUAGGUCCUUCAAGAUAUUUGCAUCAAAAGUCUGUUGAAGAAGAAAAUCUGUGGUACCACCGUGAGCAUGGCUGCUCUGAAGUGGCCACAAGUAGAACUCAGCUGGCCAGUGGCAGAGGGCAUCACCUCUGUGCACA